GGCUGCACCGCCCCCGCGGCGGGGCCGAGCCGGGGGCGGCCGCGAGCAGCCCCGGGAAGCCCCAACCCGUGACCAUCCCCGUCCCCUCGGGCCGUGUCUGCUCAAGCGAGCAGCGGUGGUUUUUGGAGUCCCGGCCGUUUCGGGAGCCCCCGCUGGGGGCGGACGGGACCCCCCCCCCCCCAGUUGGCAUCGCUCCCCGUGGUGAUUUGCUCCUUGGCGUCGCUGGCAGAGGAGGAGCCGAUGCCGGAGCGCGGCCGGGGCCCGCGGCGGUGAGCGCCGCCCCCCACCUGCCCCCCAAGGAGGAGAGGAGCCCGGGAGCCAUGGGGGCUCGGCACGCAGGCCCGCUCGGCAGGUUGUGCGUCUGCGCGGCGCUCCUGGGGACGCUGCUCCGGCCCGGCCCGGCCCGUGGGGACGUGCCGCGGUGGCGGCAGGCGGCCGAGGAGCCCGUGGGGCCGGGCCCGCCGUGGGGCGCCUGGGCGCCGUGGGGCGCCUGGGGGCCCUGCUCGGAGCCCUGCGGGCCGGGGCUGCAGCGGCGCUCCCGCGAGUGCCUGCCCCCCUUGCCGUGGGGCGCCCCGGCCCCCUGGCCCGGCGGGCCGCCCCACGGCGCCGUCACCCUGCCCCUCUUCCAGCCUGGCGCCCCCACGGCGCCGCCCCACAGCGCCCAGCCCCCCAUCCGGCCCCCCAUCCGGCCCCCCGUCCGGCCGGGCCGCUACGGCUACGGGAAGGCGCCUUUCGCCCUGCCGCUGCUCACCGACGAGGCCCCACGGCGCCGCCGGCACCUGCCCCACGGCGCCCCACGCCGAGCCGCCCCGGGAGCGGCGGGCGAGCCCCGACAGCCCCACGGCGCCCCCGGCCCCGAGGGCGACCCCCGACAGCCCCACGGCGCCCGCGGCCCUAGGAGCGCCCCCCACCAUCCCCACGGCCGUGGGGCCGAGCCCCGUGGCGCCCGGGCACCCAGAGGUGACCCCCAUCAUCACGUCCCCGAGGGUGACCCCCGACAGCCCCACGGCCAUGGGGGUGAAGCCCAACAGCCGCGUGGCCCUCGUGUCCCAGGGGUCGAACCCCGGCGGCCCCACGGCACCCCUGUCCCCUUAGGUGACCCCCAGCAUGCCCAGGUCCCCACGGGUGACCCCCAGCACCCCCACAGCACCCAUAGCCCCAAGGGUGACCCCCAGCACCCCCACGGCACCCACGUCCCCCACAGUGACCCCCAGCAUGCCCAGGUCACCAUGGGUGACCCCCAGCACCCCCACAGCACCUAUAGCCCCAAGGGUGACCUCCAGCACCCCCCCAGCACCCACGUCCCCCACAGUGACCCCCAACAUCCCCAGGUCCCCACGGGUGACCCCCAGCAUCCUCAAAGCACCCCUGUCCCCACAGGUGACCCCCAACAUCCCCAUGGCGCCCCUGUCCCCACGGGUGACCCCCAACAUCCUCCCGGCUCCCAAAUCCCUAGUGGGGACCCCCAACAUCCCCACAGCACCCAUGUCCCCAGGGGUGGCAGCCCUGUCCCCACGGGUGACCCCCAGUAUCCUCCCGGCUCCCACAUCCCUGGUGGUGACCCCCAACGUCCCUACGGCACCCACGUCCCCACGGGUGACCCCCACGUCCCCACGGGUGAGCCCCAGAAGUCCCACAGCCCCCCGGUGCUCAGGGGUGAGCCCCGGCUGCCCCCCAGGUCCCAGCCCCCCAGCUGGGGCCAGGGCCGCCCGCGGGCCCCGCGCCAGCGGCAGCCCCCCGGCGCCGAGCCCCCCUGGGCGGGCGCCCCCUCGGCGCCGGGGGGCUGGAGCCUCUACGCCGUGGGGCCGAGGCCCCUCUCCUGCCCCGGCGAGAGCCAGCAGCUCCGCGCCUGCCACCUGCAGGCCUGCCCCCCGGCGCAGCCGCCCCCCGCGGCGCUGCAGUGCGCCGCCCUGGACCAGCGGGAAUUCCUGGGGCGCCGCUACCACUGGGAGCCCUUCGAGGGUACCGGGGCCGGGGGCGGAGCCGAUUGGCUGGGAGCCGGGGGCGGCGGGGUGGGAUUGGCUGGGAGGAGGGCGGAGCCGAUUGGCUGGGAGCCGGGGGCGGCGGGGUGGAUUGGCUGGAGGAGGGCGGAGCCGAUUGGCUGGGAGCCGGGGGCGGCGGGCUGCGACGGCGUCCUGGGCUCGGCCGGCUGCCGCCUGCUCGCCGGCAACGCCAGCCUGGCGGGCCACCGGCACGUCGCGGCCGGAGGCAACCGCGUUGCCCAGGCGGCCCCCAGCGCCAGCCACCCGGGUGCCCUCGCCGCCGCCCUGGCCGAGGCACCCGUCACCGCGGCCUCGGGCCCGGGCGCCGGGGACCCGCCGCUGCGUCCCGGCCACGACCCCCGGGGCCACCGGCACCACCGGCACCACCGGCACGACGGCGACGGUGACGGUGACAGCGACGGUGACGGUGACGGCGGCGUCUACUGGAAGCGGGUCGGCACCACCCCCUGCUCGGCCACCUGCGGCCAAGGCUCCCGGCAGCCGCUGUUCCGGUGCGUGGCGCGGCGCUGGCACGAGGAGGUGGCCGAGGGGCUCUGCGCCGCGCUGCCCCGGCCGCCCGCCGCCCCCGAGCCCUGCGACGGCCAGCCCUGCCCGGCCUACUGGGACGCGGGCGAGUGGUCGCCCUGCAGCCGGUCGUGCGGGCCGGGCACCCAGCACCGCCCGGUGCUGUGCCGCCAGGCCUUCGCCCACCGCAGCACCCUGGUGCACCCGCGCCGCUGCGCCCCGCUGCCCCGGCCCGACGCCACCCAGCCCUGCCAGCUGCGGCCCUGCAGCCGCUGGGAGGUGCUCAGCGACUGGAGCCCGUGCUCGGCGCCGUGCGGGCAGGGCCAGCGCAGCCGGCGCGUGCGCUGCGCGAGCGCCGAGGGCGCGGAGCUGAGCGACGCCGAGUGCCCCGGCGCCCAGCGGCCCAGCGCCCGGCAGCCCUGCGACAUGGGGCCCUGCGCCCGCGCCUGGUUCCUCAGCGACUGGAGCGAGGCGUGCUCAGCCGAGUGCGGGCCGGGCACGCAGCGGCGCGCCGUGCUGUGCCUGGCGAGCGGCGCCGAGGGGCAGCCGGGGGGCGGCUGCGUGGGCGCCGAGCCCCCCGCCACGCGGGCCUGCGACGGCGGGCCCUGCCGCCGCACCGCCGCCUGGUACACGGGGCCCUGGAGCCCGUGCUCGGCCGAGUGCGGGCCGGGCACGCGGCGCCGCGACGUGCUCUGCGUGAGCAAGCUGGGCGCUGCGGCGGCCGUGGCCGAGGGGGCCGAGUGUGGGGCGCAGCCGCGGCCCCCCGCCCUGCAGCCCUGCGCCGCCCCCGCCUGCCCCCCGCGCUGGUUCACCACCGCCUGGAGCGCCUGCUCCCGCUCGUGCCUGGGGGGGGUGCAGACCCGCGCCGUGCACUGCCUGACCCCCAACAAGACGCUGAGCACCCGCUGCCCGCCCCACCUGCGCCCCGCCAGCCAGCAGCCCUGCAACCCCCAGCCCUGCGCCCCACACCUCGACGCCGGCUGCCGCGACGAGCACCCGAGCUGCGCGGCCGCGGCGCGGGCCCGGCUCUGCGCCUACCCCUACUACGGCAGCGCCUGCUGCGCCGCCUGCGCCCGCCGCCCGCCCGGCCCCACGGAGCCCCCCGCCGCCGCCGCCGCCCCACGGCCGCCCCACGGCGGAGCGCGGCCGCCGGGCGCGUCGCCUCCCCGCCGCCCCUAAUUUAUUUGUUCGCCUUAUUUUAUUAGAGUGUUUUGCCGCCUC